AUGGCCGUUGACGCGUUUGCGAGUCUCAUAUCACCUUCGCCCAAAGGGAAAGGCUUGACGGAUCCGAUUCCAACUGUUGAGGAUAAAUGGGAACUCUUGCCAGCUUUUUUGAAAGUUAAAGGUCUCGUGAAGCAACACAUUGACUCUUUUAAUUACUUUGUAAACAUCGACCUUCAGAAAAUAGUAGAAGCGAACAAAUGGGUGAAAUCUGAUGUUGAUCCAAGGUUUUGGUUAAAAUUUGUAAAAAUUUCAGUAGGUUACCCAGAGCGACCCGACCUCUUGGAUCAACACAGAAUGUACACUCCACAAGAAUGUCGAUUACGUGAUUUAACCUAUAGCGCACCGAUUUUUGUGGAUGUAGAAUACGUGAGAGGCAAUGCUCGUGUAUUACAGCGAAAUAUACGAAUUGGACAGCUACCGAUCAUGCUUCGUAGCUCACAUUGUAUUCUGUAUGGUAAAAAUGAAACAGAGUUGGCUAGAAUGCACGAGUGUCCACUGGAUCCUGGAACCGAGAAAGUUAUUUUGAUACAAGAACAACUUUCUAAGAAUCGGAUAAUUGUGGAAAGUGAAAAAAAGGGCGCCGUCCAGGCUUAUGUUACAAGUUCAACACAUGAGCGAAAAAGUAAAACAUAUGUAGUCUCCAAACACGAUAAGAUUUAUCUUAAACAUAAUUCGAUAUCUAAUGAUGUGCCUAUUGUGGUUGCAUUAAAGGCAAUGGGAAUGUUAUGUGAUAAGGAAAUAGCACUUCUCGUGUGCGGGGACAACGAAACCUUUUUAAACACGUUUGCUCCAAAUAUCGAAGAAUGUGCUAGCCUAAAAAUCUUCACACAGAACCAAGCGCUCGAAUACAUCGGAAAAUCAAUCAAAGUGACACGAAAAAACGCGUCAUUAAAGAAUCCGAUUAUCGAUGAGGCACUCGAAAUUCUAGCGACAACAGUCUUGGCACAUGUACCGGUUAUAGACCUUAAUUUCCGGUCAAAGGCAGGAUCUUUAUUAUCUUUAUUAUUCGAAGAUUUAUUCAAAAAAUUUAAUUCCGAAGUGAAAACUAACAUCGACAAAGUAUUAAGGAAACCGAAUAGAGCACAAGAAUUUGAUGCAGUAAACUAUGUGAAAUAUCAUAGCGAUCAUAUCACAAAUGGUUUCAUUCGGGCAAUAUCCACAGGAAAUUGGACAGUAAAACGCUUCAAGAUGGACAGAGCUGGCGUGACGCAUGUUUUAAGUCGCCUAAGCUAUAUCUCAACACUCGGUAUGAUGACAAGAAUCACCUCACAAUUCGAGAAAACCCGAAAAAUUAGUGGUCCUCGAGCAUUGCAACCGUCGCAAUGGGGUAUGUUGUGCCCGGCUGACACACCAGAAGGUGAAGCAUGUGGUCUAGUAAAGAACCUUGCAUUGAUGACUCAUAUCACAACGGAUGAUGAGGAAGGUCCUUUAGCAAACUUUGUCUUUAAUCUUGGACUUGUCGAAGAUAUUAAUCUUUCUACUGGCGCUGAAAUUUAUGCAAGAAAGGCCUAUGUCAUUUUCUUGAACGGUAUCGUGCUUGGAAUUACCCGUCAAGCCGCCACAUUUGUCAAAAAUUUCCGAAAAAUACGUCGACAUGGUGGUAUAUCAGAAUUUGUGAGUAUAUACACAAAUCAUCACCAAAAAACCAUUUACAUUGCUUCGGAUGGGGGACGUGUUUGUCGGCCGUUAAUAAUCGUGGAAAAUAAAAAACCCAAAGUCACGCAAAAACAUAUUAAGAUGCUUAAACAAGGCCGCUGUGACUUCAAUUAUUUCCUAAGAAAAGGGCUUAUUGAAUAUUUGGAUGUCAAUGAGGAAAAUGAUUCGUUGAUUGCCAUUUAUGAGCGUGAGAUUAUUGACGAAACUACACAUCUUGAAAUAGAACCUUUCACUAUUUUGGGUGCUGUUGCGGGGUUAAUUCCCUAUCCUCAUCAUAAUCAAAGUCCAAGAAACACAUAUCAAUGUGCUAUGGGUAAACAAGCCAUUGGUGCUAUAGCAUAUAAUCAAUUCGAAAGAUUUGAUACACUACUUUAUCUGAUGGUGUAUCCUCAAGUCCCCCUCGUAAAGACGAAAACCAUCGAACUUGUUCAAUAUGAUAAAUUACCUGCUGGACAAAACGCUAUAGUAGCAGUUAUGAGUUAUUCCGGAUACGAUAUUGAAGAUGCACUAGUUCUUAAUAGAGCAUCGGUAGAUCGUGGAUUUGGUCGUUGUCAGAUGUUGCGUAAAUAUCCCUGUGUUCUCAAAAAAUAUUCGAAUGGAAGUUAUGAUCGUCUUGCUGACCCGCCGCCGAAAAAACCCGGGAAUAGCUAUAAUAAAUUUGAUAUUCUCGAUAUGGAUGGAAUAGCUGCAGUCGGUGAAAGAGUAUUUGAUAGACAGGUGUUGAUUAACAAGCAGUCGCCAACCAAUCUUAAUGAUAAUAUCGCGGCAGUUACCAAUACUGAUGGUCAAGCUAGUUCAUACAAAUCAACACCUACUUCAUACAAGUUUCCCGAACCCUCAUACAUUGAUAAGGUUAUCAUGACAACUACUGAAAGUGAGCAGACACUUAUUAAAGUACUAGUACGACAAACGCGUGUACCUGAAAUUGGGGAUAAAUUUUCUUCGCGUCAUGGACAAAAAGGUGUAUGCGGCAUUAUUGUGCCUCAAGAAGAUCUUCCGUUUACUGAUCAGGGAAUUUGUCCUGAUAUAAUUAUGAAUCCGCACGGAUUUCCGUCUCGUAUGACUGUUGGGAAAAUGAUCGAGUUGUUGGCAGGCAAAGCAAGCAUUCUUAAAGGAGAAUUUCAGUAUGGCACCGCAUUCAAUGGAAGUAAAGUCGAGGACAUGAGCAAAAUUCUUAUUGAGAACGGAUUCAGUUAUUCCGGAAAAGAUUAUCUCACAUCUGGGAUUACGGGAGAACCAUUGCAAGCAUAUAUAUUCUUCGGGCCUGUCUAUUAUCAAAAACUAAAACACAUGGUUGUAGACAAAAUGCAUGCACGUUCAAGAGGUCCUCGUGCAACCCUCACCAGACAACCCACUGAAGGCCGUGCACGUGAGGGUGGUCUACGUCUUGGCGAGAUGGAACGUGAUUGUCUAGUCAGUUAUGGUGCAAGCAUGUUACUAAUGGAACGACUGAUGUUGUCAUCAGAUGCGUUUGAAGUACAUGUUUGUGAAAAUUGUGGAUUGUUGGGUCAAGCACGAUGGUGUCAACAUUGUAAAUCUAGCAAGCAUGUGGUGAACUUACAAAUACCAUAUGCUACAAAAUUGUUGAUUCAAGAGCUUCAGAGUAUGAACAUUGCUACUAAACUAGUACUAGAAGAUUUUUACUAG